AUGAUUCUGCCAUCACUAGAUACCCUACUGAGGCUUAUCGCAUUGUUCUUGCUGGUGGUACCAUCACUUGCUACAGAUCUGCUGAAAUCUGAUGAAGCAGCAGUUGUCCCUACAUUCACAAUAAUGGAUGUGCUAUCUUCAAAUUCCAGUUUUUCUUCAUUUAUACGAAGCCUUCAGCAUAGUGAUCUGAUUGAUUACGUUAACGAGCUUGAAAAUGUCACACUACUUGCACCAACAAACACAGCAUUCAGAAAUUUAGGCAUUUCUACCCUUCCUCUUAACGAGUCGGUUCUUAACCGCUUCAUAGUGGAUCAUCCUAUUCGUUCGAAAGAUGUUGACGGUGUUCGAAUCUUCAAAACUUUAAACAGUCAUGCGUCGCCAUUUCUUAAGAAUCUUCAUGUUCCUAUUUUAUUUGAUAAAAAUAUAGAUGGAUUUUACGUGGAAAAUUCACUGGUAGGUCUGCCUGAUCUUGUGGCACCGGCUUCCAAUUCUGUCGUCCAUGGUUUAGAUUCUUUACUUAUCGAUAAGAAGAUGUCGUUUUGUGACUUUUUUUCCAGGGUUGACUCCUCAGCGCCUAAUGUCUCGAUCUCAAUCUUCUCAAAACUUCUUUCCGUUAAUAAGUUGUGUUCAAGUUCAAAGUUUACCAAUGUUACUUUGCUAAUCCCAUCAGACAAAUACCUCUCAGAACUUUUCACCAAGACUGAGCUUAACUAUUUGAUCAGUUCAAGAGGUACAGAUGAUAGAUUAAAUAUUUUAUCAAACUUCAUAUUAAAGGGAAUGUACGGUGGAAAUUUAGGUAGAAAUACAGUUAAGGCUAAAAACUUCUUAAAGCAGUCUAUUUCUCUUUCUUCCCAUUUCAAGGGAAGUGAGAUUCGUGUUAAUAAUCUCACCGGUUCUUUCACCGCAAAUUUCCUGCUUUCAGAUGCAAUUAUACAUUAUUUUGACUCGGAAGUAUUGAAGAAUCCACAAAUACCGACUUUCACACCGAGAAAAUUCUUAGAGGGAAUAAAUGAGACAGAUUUAGUUGAUGAAGUCGACUUCCGAAAACUGUCGUAUUUAAUUGAUGAUCCAGCAUUAAAUCAGACCAUUUUCAUACCGAAGGAUUUAUCCUCAUUGCAGAGGGAUGAUUCAGUUCGUGUUUUAGGACAGGCGAAGAACAAUCUUUUGUACCAAUUUGUCGAAGGUAAUGUAAUCUUUGAUCAUAAUAAGCUUUUAACCUCGAAGUUUUGUUCGCAGACAUCUCUUGGGCAUUGUCAGAAAAUUAAAGCUUCCGUUCGCAAUAGAAACUCCAUACUUUUCAACGAUCAUUACACUGUUUAUCCUAAGAGAUACAGCAUAGCCCAUACAUACAUUUACUUUGUGGAUGAUGAUUAUUCGAUACCUCCAAAACUUGAAAAUGCUGUGACUCCCGUCGACCGAUGCGCGAAGACAUUACAAUAUUUAGAUUCUCAGGGUGUUCUUAAAAGUUUCAAAAAUAAUGGUGGACUUGGAUACACGGUAUUUCUACCAACGUCUGAUGCGUGGUCAUCUUUGGACCUAACACUUGACUUUUUGAAGAGUCACAGAGAUCACUUAACCGAUGUUUUAAAGGGUAUGGUUUUGAAUGGAUUGGUUUAUGGCGAUUUUGAAGGAAAUGACAGUUUCCAGGGUCUUGGAGGACAUAACAUCACAUUACAAAGAUAUUCAAAGGAUGCUUCAUUUAUAACUUUGAAUGGAGAAUACGAUCUACCGUUCUCAUUUGAGUCUGAGAUUCUUUUCAAAGAUGGAGUUGCUUUCCCAAUCAAUCAAGUGCCAUUUCCAAAGAAUUUGACCAUAAGUAUAGAGCAACUAAUAGAAACAGCACACGCCAAGGAGUUUUUGAGUAUUUUGAAGGCAGCUAAUUUGACGGGACUCAUUUCGGACCCAGGAUACUCCUUUUUGGUUCCUAGUAGUGCAACAUUGAAGAUGUCUAACAUUACAUCUUUAACGAGGGAUCCUGACUUUUUAAGAGAAUUUGUUCUCAUGCACAUUCUCCCUGAGAAUUCGAUGAAAAAAAUCAUAGAUUGUGAGCCUUUAAUACCGACACUCUUAAACAAUACUCAUCUUAAAUGCCACCGGAUCGCGUCAGGAGGUCUUAUGCUUCAAAUUUCAGAAGGAAACGAUCGCGAGGUUCGUAUUCUUCGUCAAGGUUUGACCACAAGUAAUUCCGGGAUAUUUCUCUUGGACAAACCAUUGAACCCUGAUUGGCUGGAUUCACAUAACGGUCCUUCUGUCCAUUUGCGCUUACCCCUUGUUUCUGUCUUUAUUGGAAUCAUUCUAGGAAUGAUAAUCUUAGCGUCUGUUGUUUCUUUCUGCUUUGUAUUCACUUUAGGUUCGGAGAAAAAAAAUGGUGCAACAUUUUAUGAAGAUGACCAAGGCCAUGAAAAUGACCAAUCCGAGCAGAAUGCAUCACAAGGACAGUCUGGAAGUACAAAUGCUAAUAACGGUACAUCUGAAAGCACGACAUUACUUCAAGGUACGUCCCAAAUUGGAUAUGGAGCCGCUCACUCUGAAAAUGGUGAAAGCCGAAAUAGCAAGAGCCGCAAUGGUGAUUUGAACAACGGGAAAGUUGGCUCAACUUCUGGUUUCAUUGAGAGAUACUCAGAGCAUUCAAAGUCUAGAGCCAUUAACUGUCCACAGAAUUGA